CUUACAGAUCCUUGUCCAGCCAGCUGCCGCCGCGCCGCCAACGCAUCAACAUACUGAGCGCAGCGCACCUGAGUUGCGGCCCAACCACACCCGCGAGCAGCUGUCUUACCACUACCGCACACCUGCCCGCGACGGCCGAAUCUGCAUGAAGUUUUGACGAGGCCAUAAGAAGGCGGCCGGGGGCUGACGCUCCCGCAACCCUUCUCACUUGCGUCCCUUCUUUUGCGCCGCAGCCUGCUCUCGUGCUCAUUCCCGCUACAUCAACUCGGGGCACGCGUUUACCAUACUAUCAGGCGCAUCGCUCAACAGCAUCCAUGGAUCCCGCUCACCCCGGUCCCGACGACGGCUCGGGCUCGAUGCCCCCCAUCCCUCAGGGCACCACCGAUGCCAACGGCGCUGGGGGCAUGCCUUCUUUCACUCCCGAAAUGAUGGACCAAGCCGGUCUCGGCUCAGAUCCGAUGGCGGCCAUGCUCGCAGGCCAGAAUUUUCUCCAGGACUCGACCAUGGCGGGCAUGCCCAUGGGCGACCCAAACUUCAUGCUGCCUCUCAUGACAGCAAACGGGGCCUUGCCCAUGCAUCAACCUCCACUCAACAACACCGUCUCAGCAGAUGAGAUCGCGCUGUAUGAUCGCCAAAUCCGCCUUUGGGGCAUGGCCGCCCAGGCCAAGAUACAAGGCGCAAAUAUCCUCCUCAUCACCAUGCGCGCACUUGCCAACGAGGUCGCCAAGAACCUCGUACUUGCGGGCGUUGGCUCAAUAACUAUUCUCGACGGUGCUACUGUCACCGAAUCCGACCUUGGCGCCCAGUUCUUCCUUGCGGAGACAGAAGACGUGGUCGGCAAAAACCGCGCCGAGGCCGCGAGCGCCGCUCUUCGCAAGCUGAACCCUCGAGUGCAGGUUCACGUUGACCCAGAGAGCGUCACCGCAAAGGGCCCGAGCUAUUUCGCGGGCUUCGACGUGGUCAUCGCCACCGAUCUCGACCCGGACACGUUCAACAUCAUCAACACGGCGACACGCAUCAACGGCAAGGCUUUUUACGCGGCUGGGACACACGGCUUGUACGGCUUCAUAUUUAGCGACCUCAUAGAGCACGACUACGUGAUUGAGCGUGAUGUGGGAAACGUGGCCACCGAGACCAAGCAGGAAACGCGGACGCGUUCCAUCAUCGACGUCAAGACCAAGACGGAGGGCUCCAAGACGGCAGAGAGCGUCACCAAGCGCGAGCUGUACUCCACAUGGUUCCUCGCCAGCGACCUCGCCGUGCUGCCAGAGGAGUAUCUCCAGUCGAAGCGGCGCCUCAGGAGCGUCACGCCCGCGCUCUCGUGCUUCCGUGCGCUGUGGGAGUUCAAGCAGCUCAAGGGCGGCGUCCUGCCCUCCACUUCGAACCGCGACGACCUCAAGAUGUUCACGCAAAUCGCCACGCAGAAGCACAAGGCGCUCAGCCUCCCCAGCGAGACGCUGCGCCCCGAGUUCCUGCGCAGCUUCCUGCAGAACCUGGGGAGCGAGAUCGCCCCCGUGACGGCCAUCCUGGGCGGCCAGCUCGCGCAGGACGUCAUCAACGUCCUCGGCCAGACCCAGCAGCCGAUACAGAACAUGGUGGUCCUCGACGGCGACAAGAUGGAGGCCGUCAUGUACCCGCUGCACCCGGAGGGCGCGCUGGGGGCCGGCCUCCUCUCGCUCGGGGGCGGCGGCAACGCCAUGGCCCCCAAUGGCGGCGACAUGAUGUUGGACCCGGCGGCGGCCAUGCUGAGCAUGCCGGGCAUGGGAGGAAUGGGCAUGGACGCCGCCGUCGUCGCCAUGGGUCACAUGGCGGCCCCCGUGGACGGCAUGGGCGUGGGAGUCGUUGGCCUGGGCGGCCACGGCGCCAGCCAGCAGCCCCAGGGCGAUGCGAACGGCCAGGCUCCCGCGGGAGGCUUCGCGCCCGACGUGCAGUCGGCUGACGCGCAUAGAGGAUCGGGGGACGCUGCGUCGGCGUCCGGCGCUGGACAAGGACAAAAGACCGAGGGCCAGGACAGCAAACCCUCCGCGUCGUAAAGAAAGGGAGGAGGGGAAGGAAGAACGGGCUCAGGAUCGGGCUCUUUGCAAUGUACCACAAUACGAAUGUUGAAUACGAGUAGAUAGAUGGAUGGGCAGGAAGGAAUAAAAAGAGCAGCACGAUCCGCUGCGGUGCUUCCCAAC